AUGUGCGCACUUCCUUAUUCCGUGGCGAAUCACGUCGCGCUGCGAACGAGCACCCUGGUCGUCGAUACAGAAGAUUCCAGCUUGCGGACCAUGGGUUGUUUCACGCAUAUGAACUGUACAAGAGAUCAGGAUAAAUGCACAAAGCGGGUAGAGCAUCUGGAUUUUCCCCGUCACCGUCGAGUGGAUACGUUAGUCGCAUAUGCCCUAAGCUUAGUUGACAGCUAUGACAAUAAUUUGACGUGCUAA